GGAGAGGGAGAAAACCAACAUGUCCUCUAAUGUCCUCCAACCACACCCACACACAAUUCAGCCUCUUAACCCCUUAUUUUCCAUAUAUGGGGUUUUAUUUAAUUUCUUUUUCCUAUAUUCAGAGCCUCAAAAAUAUAUCUCAAUAUCCCUUCUGGCCUUUCACAUUCUCUCCCUUUUUAUCCCUCUUAAUAGAACAGACCAAAUAACAGUUUUUUUAUAUAUAUAUAUAUAUAUAUAUAUAUAUGGAAAACCUUAAAGAUUUGAUUUUUUGAUGUGGGUAUGAGUUUUCUUGAAAUUUCUUGGCUGUUUUCCUUAGUGGGUAUGUGCUAUUGAACAGAGAUGAAAAGGUCUAUAGAGGGUUUCAAUCAAAUUAAUUGUGUUGAAGAAGAAGCCAAGGCAAAACUCAAGCAGAAACAUCUGUUAAACGAGUUUUUAGAACUGCAAAAGGAAUUUGUCUCCAAGAAGAGGAAGUUGCAGGCUGCAAAGCAGAGGAGAGAUAUCAUUUUGGGUGAAAUCCUAUUUUUAAAGCAAAGGCGUAGGUACUUGUUGAAAAGCCAAUCUUCCAAUGUUGAUAGUGAAAGAGAUAUUCCACAUAUGAAGAAUUUCGAUACCGAGAGUGAAGUUCCUGAAGAAGAAAGAUUCAAUAGUGGCUAUGAUGCUGCAGGACAAACAGCUCGUCCCGCCUUCACCUCAAAGUUCAACUCGGGAUAUGAAGUAGGAGAUGACGAAGUACUAGCGGGUAGGGACGUGUUGCGAUUGGAGUGUGUGCCAAUGAAUUACCUGAUUGAUGACAAUGGAGUUGGAAAGAAGAAACUCUCUUGGCAUGGUGAAGUUACUUUAAAGCACGAGGGUUCUCAUAGAAGGGAAGAUGGUUCUAUAUGUUGACUGUAAAUCGAGUGGAAAGAGAGAGGAGCUUGAGCAAAGGCACUUCUCUGUCUAUGAGAUUUGCUGGAUACUGCAGAAUAAUAUUUACUAUUUUUUUAUAUAAUGGUUGGUGUUGGUUG